GUUACGUGAAUGUGUUUACUUUUAAGAUAAAAAAAAACAUGUUUGCCCAGAGAUUCUAACAGUAUUGAGAUAAGUUUUGUAAUCAAAUUUCCUAUUUUAAACCAUCCGGCCACAGGUAAACGAUAAAAGGAUGAACUCCAUUAAAAGUGCCAGGAGAUUGCUUUUGAACCAGAAACGCAUCGACCCUGUUGGGUACGUCGCCUUCAGUGGAUGGCCGGGCCAAGAAAAGAAGGCAAAAAUUAACUACAACCCUUAUAAAUAUGUUGCCGUCGGUGUAGUUGUUGGCAUCUCUGCCCAUUUAUAUUUAAAAAGUAGACAUGAGACUCUCUUUGCAUUGGAUAUUGACAAAAAGUAUGGUGCGAGAAUUGAAGGACUGCCAAAAUAUAAAUUAUCAGAUGUGGCCAAGCAUACAACGAAAAAAGAUAAAAUUUGGGUGACGUUCAGAGAAGGUGUUUAUGAUAUUACACAGUUUGUUGAUCAUCACCCGGGUGGCGAUGUGAUAUUGUUGGCAGCUGGCGGAUCCGUUGAGCCUUUCUGGCUCAUGUAUGGUGUUCACAAGCAGGAACACAUACUCAAAAUUCUGGAACAGUUUAGAAUUGGCAAUUUGGACCCAGAAGAGGCGGACGAAGUUAUGAAAAACAUGGAAGAUCCUUAUUCAACGGACCCAAAGAGACAUCCAGCCCUUCAUCCAAAUUCCGUCAAACCUUUUAAUGCUGAACCUCCACCAGAAAUUUUAGUCGGGAAUUUCCUUACACCCCAAGACCUUUUCUAUGUAAGGAAUCAUCUUCCAGUCCCUGAAAUUAAUUCUGAGACGUACGAACUUGAAAUAGAGGGUUUGGGCAUACAGAGUAAAACAUUCACACUAAAUGAAUUGAAAGAACUACCAAAGCACACUAUCACAGCUACUGUAAUGUGUGCAGGAAACAGGAGAAGUGAAAUGAGUGCAAUAAAGCCGGUGAAAGGUCUUAAUUGGACUCAUGCAGCAAUUGGUAAUGCGACAUGGUCUGGACCAAAGCUACUUGAUGUUUUGAAAAGUCUUGGUCUUGACGAUAAUCCAGAGGCUCAGCAUGUUCAAUUUGAAGGCUUAGAUACAGACCCGACAAAUACACCGUAUGGAGCUUCAAUUCCAAUUGAGAAAGUAUUGGAUCCACGAGGGGAUGUCAUUUUGGCAUACGAAAUGAAUGGAGAACCUCUUAGUCGAGACCAUGGUUUUCCUAUUAGAGUUGUCGUACCCGGUAUCGUUGGGGCUCGCAAUGUGAAAUGGCUAGGAAGGAUAAUUUUAAGUAAAGAAGAAAGCGAGAGCCAUUGGCAGCGAAAUGAUUACAAAGGGUUUUCACCAAGUACAGACUGGGACACUGUUGAUUUUACUAAAUCCCCGGCUAUCCAAGAGCUUCCUGUUGUAUCUGCAAUAUGCAUUCCAAAAAAUGGAGAAAGUGUGAAAGUCGAUAACAACUCAAUUGUUGUAAAAGGUUAUGCCUGGUCUGGCGGAGGGAGAAAAAUAGUCCGUGUCGAUCUCACCAUCGACUCAGGCAAAACAUGGCAUGUGGCCAAUUUCGAAGGUCAAGACAAUGCCAGGCAUCCAUAUCACUGGGGAUGGACACUUUGGACAGCAACGAUACCUGUCGACAAUUCAUCACAGAAUGUUGAAAUUUGGGCCAAAGCUGUCGAUUCGAAUUACAAUACGCAGCCGGAAAGUUUUGCAAAUACUUGGAACUUAAGAGGCGUUUUAGGCAAUGCUUAUCACAGAAUUAAAAUUAAGUUAAUUAAUAAUUGUCAAUAAUGUAAAAAUGUACAUUACAAUGGUAAUGCAGGUAACCACCGUUUAAAAAGGUUGUUAGGUUUCUAAAAACUGCUUUUGUAUAACUAAUUAGAAUUGAACAAAAAGAAUGUUUGAUCCUUAACAUGUAUCAUGAAAAAAGUAAAAUAAAAUAGAUAAAUAUUUUCAUUAAAGUAUUUUUAAUGCAUAUUUAUAAACCAAUUAAAGUUGGUUAUUUUGUUGUUGAUGGAUUUUCAUCCUCAUAACCUUUUUCAGAUUUAUAUUGAGUUCUAAACUCUUAAUUUUUGCAUUGUCAAAACUGUUUAAAACUGAUUGCUUUAAAAUUUAUAUGAUAAGAUGUAUUUAUAAAUUUAAAUUAACUUUGUUUUAAUUGUUUUUAUUACAAAGGUUGUUUCUUUUAAAGAUCUUGUAGGUUAUUUUGUUAAGAACAGUUACAACCAGUUGCUGUUUUAUAAAUUGUAUAUAUUUCGAAGUAGCCCUGCUUCCUCUUCAGCGCACAAAAUUUUUUACAAUAAUUCAGGUGUGCCUAUCAAAGCAUGAUGAUUAUAAAAUGUGUAGUUUAACACAAUUAUUUAUUAACAAUUUAUGAAAAGACGACUGGUUGUAACUGUUCUUAAGGAAAAAGUAACCUACACGAUCUAUAAAUUCACUAUAAUAUAUUCUCCUUGUUUUUAAAUACAUUUUUAUUAAUUUGGUUGUAUGGUGCUAAACAAUUGUGAUAUUCUCUCUUAAAUUUCAUGAAUCUUUCAGUGAAUCUUUGUUCAUGAAAUAUAACUAAAUGCCUGGUGAUAAUUUACACGAGUAAAUUGUAAAUAAGAUAGUUUUUGUCCAAAGCCUUAUGGCCCCGUAAUCCAGGGGUAAAACGUGCAAUACCCAAGUUAAAAUGUUCUGUGUUUUAAUGGAAUUUACUUAAUGAUUUUAUGUAUUUUGGGGAAUUUGCAUGUUACACAAUUAGAAAGAGAAACUCAUGGAAAUAUGUUAUACGAUAGCUACCUGUAUAUAAUACUAUAUUCCUUAUUUUUGUACCUAACUUAAUUUAUUUAAAAGAAAAGGUUAUGAAAGAAUUUUCUAUCUAAAUUUUAAAGUUGAAAACUGUGAUUAUUUUUGUUCAAAUUUUAUAAUAUAUUUUAUACAUUUAAAAGGAAUUAUAAGUGUUAAGGCAAUCGUACAGAUCUACUUAAAUGAGCCAAAAGUGAUCAUCACAUCACUCAAGUAUUAACUAUUUAUUAAUUAAUUUUUCAAAUAUUGUUAAAGCUCAAACUUAUUUUAGAAGUAGAAAAUGUACAAAUGUACUCAUGUGCUGGUAAAUUUAUUUCCAUGUUUGAAAAAUAUUUUUCAACUGUUGAAUUGAUAUAUUCACUCCAUAAAAAAUUUUAUUUCUUUUUUAUUCGCCGUCAUGCCAAAACAAAAAUUUUCUAAACAAUAUCCAUUUUUUAAGAAUAUAAUUAAGAUUUUGGCAUGAUGAAUUAGUUUGUUGCGUCUUAGUUUAAAUAAAUUGAAUCUCCCUUUUUGAAUAACAAAAAUAGAAAUCAAUUUUACCAGUUUGUUAUCUAGAUAUUUAGUUUUCAGAAAAUCCUUUUUUCAUAAAGAUUAUUGUAAGCAACCCUUUUCUUAUUCUCAGUGGAAUUGGGUCUACAGAGGUAAUCAUUAGUCACUGCCUAAAAUGUACAUCUACUUUCGACGACAACGCUUUGGGAGAUUGUGUAAUUGUGUUGUCAUCAAAAGUAAACAUAUAAAUGCUAUUUAUUCACUGACUAAUUAUUAUCUCUGUGUUUAUUAAUUAACAUUACAUCUUAGCCCUGAGGAACACCAAAUGUAGGCCGAAAGCAUGACAAUUGUUCAAUUUCUCUCAGCUGAUUGACCACAACCAUGAUUGAUCUUGCCUGACUAUGAAAUUCUUCUCAAGAUUAAAAAUAAAUACUUUGAAAACAUAUAAAAUAGUAUUAGAAAGGAUGACAUUUUUAUUUAUUUGUAUGCAACUUUAAAAUGUGGCAUUUAUUGUGUAAUUCUUGCUGAAAAUAUGCAAAGUAGGUAAAAAGAUUACAGUUUCAAUCGUAAAUGUAUUUUAUGUUUUUCAAACAUGGAAAUAUAAGACAACUAAUUCUUUUAGGUUUACUGUUAGAAACUCUUGCUGUAAUUAAUUUAGAGAAAUAAUUAUUUUUGGUUUGUUUUUGGUUAAUUUCUAAGAAAAAGCCUAAUUAUUUUGUUUGUGGAAAUCGCUGGAAAAAAUUUAUUAGUUUUUGAAAAAUCAAAAAGUCAAAGGAAAGUCAAUUGUUAUCUUAUAAAUUAUAGUAUUGAUGUUGAACUUAAAAAUUGUAUUAAAAUGUUAUGUCUUCCUU